AUGGAUUGGUGGCACCGAGCUGUUGAUCUAACGACGCCCUCCGCGCCGCGCUGCGCGAGCGCCCGAAGCGACGUCAGUAUUGUCGCGCGCAGCGCGGCCGCGGCCCAGGCCUCGCUGGCCGCGCUGCUGCGGCUCUGCGAAGGGGAGCUGCGGGCGAUAGGGGCCGCGGCGCGCCUGUUCAUAUCGGCGGCGGAUCAGGCGGACGCGGACGCGCGCCUUGCUUCCGCGGUCCUCUGCGGCCGCUGCUGCGCGCACGCGGCGCUGCUUCUGUCCGCGCCCCGCGCGGCGCCGCGCCUGCUCGCGCGCGCGUGCGCGCGCGCGGCGCCGCAGUCACGCACGGCGGGCGCGUUAAGAGGAGCGGCGGCGGGGCUGGCGCGCGCGGCGUGGGCGGCGCUGGCGGGCGGCGCGCCGCCUGCAAAGGCGGCGAGAUGGGGCGUCUGGUGCGGCGCCACCUCAGCAGCAUGGCUGGCCCUAGGGUGGCUGUUGCUCCUGGCUUGGGCCUGCGUUCGAUGGGCCCAGCGGCGGCGGCGGCGGCACCUAAACAGCGGCACCGCCUCGUGCGGCUGGGCCGCCCCAGGUCACCUUCUGGCAGCGGGUGCGGUCGCUGCCGCUGCAGACGGCCCAUUAGUGGGCUUGCUGAUGGCAGCGCUUCCCGGGUGCCGCGGCGCGGCGGCGGCGGCGGCGGUGGAGGUCUGUGUGUAUGACGCGGCAGCGGGCGCCGCGGCGCUCUGGCUGAUGGGGGCCCUGUGGCGGCGCUGGCUGCUGGCGUGGCUGCUGUGGGGCGCCGCGACGCUUUGCACGUACGGGCGGCACGCUAGCGCGGGCGCCGUCGGCAGGGGCAGGGACGAGGGCGGGGCGGCUGCCGGCCGCCACAAGCAGGGGCAGAAGGCUUGCCAUAACAUUGGCGCCGGCGGCCGCCCUCUGCUGGCUGUCUUGCUGCAGGUAGCGGUGCCGCUGUAUUGCGGUCUGCGGGCGCCCUGGCCGUAA